AUGCAUAAUACUCUAUUAAUUAUCUUCUCGUUCUUCGUUUCUCUUGGCUUGCACAUCAACUCAUCAUUUGCCACAACAAACUUCAAUGUCUUAAGUUAUGGAGCCAAACCAAAUGGGGCAACCUAUUCAACCAAGGCCUUCCUUGAUGCAUGGGCUGCAGCUUGUGGCUCUACAGGUUCAACCAUGAUUUAUGUGCCUAAAGGAAGGUAUUUGCUUGGCUCUAUGGUCUUUAAAGGUGCCUGCAAAAGCCCUGAUAUCACCAUUCGGAUUGAUGGGACGCUGGUGGCUCCAGGAGAUUAUCACAUUCUGGGUCAAGCUGCCAACUGGCUUAGCUUCGAAGGAGUUGUUGGCAUUUCCAUUGUGGGUGGGGCACUUGAUGCGAAGGGAUCACCCUUGUGGGCUUGCAAAGCCAAAGGCAGCAACUGCCCUAAUGGCGCUACGACACUAAGCUUUACCAAUUCAAACAACAUAAAGAUCAAUGGCUUAUUGUCAUUAAACAGCCAGAUGUUUCACAUCGUGAUCAAUGGUUGCCAAAAUGUGAACGUUGAAGGGAUUAAAGUGAUAGCUGCUGGAGACAGCCCAAACACAGAUGGUAUUCAUGUCCAAUUAUCCACCAAUGUUGUUAUCAUGAACUCUUCGAUUAAAACAGGAGAUGACUGCAUCUCCAUUGGCCCUGGAACUAAAAACUUGUGGAUUGAAGGAGUUAAAUGCGGCCCUGGUCAUGGCAUUAGCAUUGGAAGCUUAGCUAAGGACAUGGAAGAAGAAGGGGUUCAAAAUGUUACCGUCAGAAGAACAAUCUUUGCAAACACUCAAAACGGAUUUAGGAUCAAGUCAUGGGCUAGACCAAGCAAUGGAUUUGUCGAAAGAGUUCGAUUCAUGGGUGCAAUUAUGCAUAAUGUUCAAAAUCCCAUUGUCAUUGAUCAACAUUACUGUCCUCACAAUUUAAAUUGCCCCAACAAGGUAUCAGGUGUAAAAAUCAAUGAUGUAAUAUAUCAAGGAAUUAGAGGAACAUCAGCGACGCCUGUUGCUAUAAAAUUUGAUUGCAGCUCGAAAAAUCCAUGCAGUACGAUCAGACUACAGAAUGUAAAUUUAACCUAUUCAAAUCAAGCAGCUCAAUCUUCUUGUGCAAAUGUGUUGGGGAAGACAAUUGGCCUAGUUAAACCUGAUGGUUGUUUGUAA